GAGAAAGCAAGCGCAAGCGCCGCCAUCUCCGACAUGCGUGCACCACCACCGCCGCUGCCCGCUCCACCUGCACCAUGAGCUCCACAAUCGACGAGGACGAGUUAUACCGCCGCUCGACGCAGUAUCGCCACUGGUCCUUCUCGCCUGAGCAGCUCGUCGCCCAGCGUCGCAAGACCCACGAGCUCGCCCUUGCCCGAGCUCAGAAGUACAUCGGCCAGCAGAAUGGCCACGCGACACCACCCGGAUGCCUCACGGCGGAGGAGGAAUUGCAGCUCGUGCAGGCAUACUGCGAGGUGAUGCACAAGACGGGCGUGCUCCUCGGGUGGCCUGCGCAUGUCUUCACUACAGCCAUCCAGUACUUCAAGCGCUUCUACUUGACCAACAGCUGUAUGACAUAUCCGCCUAAGGAAAUCUACAAAACCGUCAUGUUCCUCGCCAGCAAGACCGAAGCCACCCACACGCCGCUGUCCAAAUUCUCGAAAUCGAUCAGUGCCGAUCCGGAAGUCGUACUGGCGCCAGAGUACAAGGUCAUGCAAGCUCUACGCUUCAUGCUCGAUGUGCGGCAACCAUACAGAGGCUUGAAGGGAGCGUUGAUCGAGCUACUCAAUAUGACAGAGGGGUUGGUGGACGAAAUAGUACAACAAAGCGGCGAGGAGGUACAGCAGGGCAUGCUCGCUCUGAGAGCACCAGAUUCCGCCAACAAGACACAAUUCUCCAUGCCAAAUGGGAGCAAUGGCCGCAUAGAACAAAAGCAGUUGGUGGAGAGGGUGCAAUUGGCAUAUGCAGCAGCAAAGAAUCUCCUCGACAGAGAGGCUUCACUAUCCGAUGCAUACUUCUUGUACACGCCUUCACAAAUCCUCUUCGCGGCUUUGCAUGUCGCGGACACACCGCUCCUCACCUACUUCCUGGACACAAAAAUUCCACUUGGGCUACCCUCGCGAUCGAAGAUAUUGGCUACCAUCGAAAGCUGUGCGGUGAUGAUUGCCUCUUUCAGCACGAGCACAAACAUCAGCAAAGAACAGCGUGCGGGUCUAGAGAAGAAGUUGGAGGGUUGUCGUGAUCCCACCACGAAAGAUCUGGUCAAAGUGGCAGCUGCGGUAAAACGCAACGGCGCGGAAGAGGGUGUCAUGGACGAGGAGAAAGCUCGAAAGAUCAAGGCCGAGAGGGCAAAGAAUGAGAAAGACAUGAAUGAUCUUUUUGGCCCAACUUUAGGUGGCCCCAAAGCGGGCGGAUGAAGGAGAAUCCUGCUCCAAGGAAGGAAUAUGCAAUCGAUCACUAGCACGGCAAGACCCGGCGUGCAGAGGCGUGGAGAUCACAGCCGGACCUGCGCGUGACGACUGCCAUCAGAAUCACAGUCACUCUGGCUUGUCGUGCCGACGAUGCGCGUCCUCACUGGUCAAUGUUGCCCAUGAGCCAGCGGGAGGCGUGUCACAGCGCAAAGGUAUGAUGCUUCGGGCAGCGUCAGCAUACUUAUCGAUGGAAGUCACCUCUCGGUGACUGCUCCUACUGGUGUAGAUGGACAGGUCCUCGC